ACCGUGCGUGUGUGUAUUUUCAAGUGGCCCCGGGCCGCUCUCUGGAAAACCUGAGUGAGCAGCCGGCUCUCCCCUAGACACCUUGCCCGAGGGACACCUCCAGGUUACUCACCAGAGCCGACAAGUCACCUCGGAGAUGAGGACGUUACCCAAGUGUCUGGAAAACUUGUCCCUGACGGAUUUGUCAUCCUAUGGAUGAUUCAGUUGGGUACCUGGAGGGAGAAGCUUUGGGAAAGGUCGUUUCUGGCUUCGCGGGUCGCACCUUCGCCGUGGGGUGUUGGGGGGCAAGAAGCGAAAGUAUACUCGAGGAGGAGGAGGACGCUAGCUCGGUGGGGGCCUGGAGCGGCGAGCGGGGCCGCGGCUCCCCUGGGGUCCCGCUCGGGCCGGGCCCCUAUCCGGCUCCUGCCUUCUGGGCUUCGGAACCGAGGGCCGGCAGCGGCGCCCUUUCGGCCGGCCGGACUUACUCAGGACUCGGUUGCACAACAGGAAGCCGGCGCGAGUUUGUUUUGCUGUGCUAGCUCGCUUACGCUGGCAGGCGGGGGUCAGGGUAGACGCGGCGGGAGACGGACGGGGUGGCCGCAGUGCGUCCGCAGCCAGGACGCUCCGUCCCCGGACCCGCCCCUCGCUCUGCACCGGACAGUCGAGGGGCUCGGGCUUUGGAGCUCUGCGGGCUAAUAACCCACAUCAUGGAUAACUUAUUGGACUUUGCCUGAAAGGAGUCAUUAGUGCCAUUGGAUAUUUGACCAUCCUGGCCACAGGUUUUUUCAGAAUGAAUGGAAGGUCAUGCAGCAUGAAUCUCCACCGGGCAUCAGGAACCCCACAGGGGACUGGGAUGGUCAGUGGCCAACACAUUCCUCCCAUUCGUGCCCACUCGGGGACUCCUGGCCCCUCGUCCUGUGGCAGUGCACCAGACCCUACUCUUGGAAGUCUUGCUAACAGCCUCCAUCUCAAGAUGCCCUCAGGAGGAGGGAUGGCUCCUCAGAGCAACAUGGCUGAGAGCCCCAUCCAUCUGCCCGCCUUGAGCCCCAGGAGACAAGUGCUCACCAAUGGCAAGCCACGAUUCCAGGUCACCCAGGCUGGAGGCAUGUCAGGGCUACACGCUUUAAAGCCAAAGCAGCGGGAGUUUGGAAGUCCUUUUCCUCCAAAUCCUGGGAAAGGGGCUCUUGGCUUUGGGCCUCAGUGCAAGUCCAUUGGAAAAGGCAGCUGCAACAAUCUAGUGGUCACCAGCAGUCCCAUGAUGGUUCAGCGACUGGGACCCAUUUCACCUCCAGCAAGCCAGGUCUCUACAGCAUGCAACCAGAUCAGUCCUAGCUUACAGAGGGCAAUGAAUGCAGCCAACCUGAAUAUACCUCCUGCAGAUACCAGGUCCCUUAUUUCACGUGAGUCUUUGGCGUCCACGACUUUGAGUCUGACAGAAAGUCAGGCAGCCUUGAGCUUGAAACAAGAGUGGUCUCAUGGCUACAGGGCUCUCCCUUCACGCUCCUCCAGCCACAGUUCUCAGAAUGGAGUUGAUCUAGGGGAACUUCUUAGCCUUCCUCCUGGGACAGCCAUGUCCACCAACAGUGUCUCUAACUCAUUGCCAUCUUACCUUUUUGGCAUGGAAAAUAGCCACUCUCCAUACCCUAGUCCCCGGCACUCCUCGGCCAGGUCCCACUCAGCCCGCUCCAAGAAGAGAACACUGUCCUUGUCGCCACUGUCCGAUGGCAUUGGGAUAGACUUCAAUACCAUCAUCCGCACCUCGCCCACGUCCUUGGUUGCCUACAUCAAUGGGUCAAGGGCUUCUCCAGCCAACAUGUCCCCUCAGCCUGAGGUCUAUGGGCAUUUCCUGGGGGUGCGUGGCAGCUGCAUUCCCCCAUCAUGUUCAGUGCCAAGCAGCCAGAAGGGUGUGCGGGUGGCCACUGGUGGCCUGGCAAUCCCAGCCUAUGGAGAAGAUGGUGUGCUGGAGUAUGAGCGCAUGCAGCAGCUGGAACAUGGCGGCCUCCAGCCCGGCUUGCUCAACAACAUGGUGGUGCAGCACGGCCUGCCAGACCCCGAUGGUCAGCCAGCCAGCCUGCUGAAGACGGAGCGCCUGGAUAACUUCCCGGGAAGCGCCCUGGAUCUGCCCUCUGCACCGCCUCUGCCUCCUCUGGCACCUGCGCCCCAAGGGCCCCCACCCCCCUACCACUCCCACCCACAUCUGCACCGCCCAGAGCUGGUCCCGCACACCCAGCCGCUGACCCUGCCCCCGGCCGCCCUGGAGGAGGAUGGGGAGAUGGAUGACCUUGGGGGCAAGCACUGCUGUCGCUGGAUCGACUGCAGCGCCCUAUAUGAUCAGCAGGAAGAACUUGUGCGGCACAUCGAGAAGGUUCACAUAGACCAGCGCAAGGGGGAAGACUUCACUUGCUUCUGGGCCGGUUGUCCUCGAAGGUACAAGCCAUUCAAUGCCCGCUAUAAACUGCUGAUCCACAUGAGAGUCCACUCCGGGGAGAAGCCCAAUAAGUGUACGUUUGAGGGCUGUAAGAAGGCCUUUUCAAGGCUCGAAAAUCUCAAGAUCCACUUGCGGAGCCACACAGGCGAGAAGCCGUAUUUGUGCCAGCAUCCCGGCUGCCAGAAGGCGUUCAGUAACUCCAGCGACCGCGCCAAGCAUCAGAGGACGCAUCUGGACACUAAACCUUAUGCUUGUCAAAUUCCAGGAUGCACCAAACGCUACACAGACCCAAGUUCCCUAAGAAAGCAUGUGAAGGCACAUUCUUCCAAAGAACAACAAGCCAGAAAAAAGCUGCGGUCCAGCACAGAGCUCCACCCUGACCUGCUCACGGAUUGCCUCACUGUGCAGCCCCUGCAGCCGGCCACUUCCCCACGAGAUGCUGCUGCUGAUGGGGCAGUGGGGUGCUCCCCUGGACCAGGGCCCGACCUCUACCCAGCCUCCAUUUUCUCCAGCAAUCAUUCAAGCCGAAGCGGAACAGCUGCUGGGGCCGUGCCACCCCCACAUCCUGUCAGUCACCCCUCUCCGGGACAUAAUGUACAGGGGAGCCCCCACACCCCCUCCUCCCAGCUACCUCCCCUCACAGCUGUGGACGCGGGAGCUGAGAGGUUUGCACCUUCUGCUCCAUCUCCUCACCACAUCAGCCCCCAGAGGGUUCCAGCUCCUUCUUCAGUGAUGCAGAGAACACAGCCUCCCCAUGCUCAGCAGCCACCAGUAUCACACCUAAAGGCUUACCAGCCAGAAGCAAACUCUCCCUUUCAACCAAAUGGAAUCCAGGUCCAUGGAUUUUAUGGGCAACUGCAGACGUUCUGCCCCCCGCAUUACCCCGACUCCCAGAGAACCGGGCCGCCCAGCAGCUCUUGCAGUGUUGUGCCUUCCUUCGAGGACUGCCUGGUCCCCACGUCCACGGGCCAGGCUGGCUUUGACGUUUUCCACAGAGCCUUCUCAGCUCACUCGGGCAUUACAGUGUAUGAUUUGCCUUCAGGCCCCUCAAGCCUCUUCGGGGAGCCUCUUCGAGGUGGGCCUGAAGACACCCCGUUCUUGCAGAUCAGCGCUGUGGACCGCUGUCCUAGCCAGCUCUCCUCUGUCUACACUGAAGGCUAGAAGCUCCCCUGGCUUCUGCUUCCGCUGGCACCCGGAGCCUUUUUGUUGCUUGCCUUUUGUUUCCAUACUCAGACCGCAUGAGAAAGGAUGCCAGCCAAAGCAGCGGGACCCGCCAAGUCGCCGAUGGGUCUUCGGAAGGCAGGACUGGGUGGCCAGGCCUCUGCAGGAAUGCUCGCAGUUGCUCCAUUUUCUCUCUGGGUUUCCUGCUGACCAGCAGGACUGUCUCUUCAAAGGGAAUUUAGAGUCUCACUCUACCAAAUACCUGUUAAUUCUUGGCUAUUAACCCUCAAAGGACACCAGUGAAAUGAUGUGCAUGUGAAAACAUUCUUUAGGGAUCACCCUUGCUCAAAACUCCGGAUAGGGAAGGAAACCCAGUUGCCAGAAGCACAGUGUACAGCCCCACCCAGAGCUCAUGCUCACUGCUGGCUGAUGCGAAGCCAGGCGCGAGGGAAACCCAUGCCCAAAAGGCAGCAUGGACUAGAGCUUCAGGAGGCCAUGGUUUCCCAGCCCCGGCCUGGCACCACAGUAAGCUGGCUGCCUCUCUCUCAGAUAGCCCCAUGCUAACCAGCUGCUUCUCAGCAUUUCUCCCAAAGCAAAAUAAGAAGGCUCUGUCAAGCUCAGUGCCUUGAAAGGCCCUGCAGCUUGUUUUAUAUUCAAGCUAGCAACCUAUCUUAGUUCUUUCAUUUUAAAGGCUUGUUAUUUACAUUUUUAAAGGAAAAAACAUUUAGAGGUCUGUUCUUUGGAUGGAAAUAAUUAAUCACCCCAACCAGAUACAUUUUGCCACCGCUAUAGCUCUGCCUGGCCUCACCUCGAAGCUCGUGUGAGCACCCCUGGGCUGUUAGUCUUGCAUUUAGCAAAGGUCCCCUGAGGGACAUGGGGUGGGAAUACCCUCCUUCCAGGAGCUGAAGCACAAACCCUUUAGGGUUGACUGUUCAGUGACCCCACCUUGAAGACCUUGUUCACAGGAAAAGAUCACUUCGCUGGUUCACCCAUUGCCUCCACUCUGCUGCUCUGCCCAAGAUGCUCUAGAAGGUGUGAGAACAGGGACACAUGGCGGUUUCCCAGGUUCUUUCAGAAAACCAGACUAGGGAUGCCCAAUGUCCAGUUACUUUGCACAGCCUCUGCUCACUUCCUUUAAGACAUCAACUCCUCUGUCUCUCCCCUGUACUUCUCCUUUCUCUCUUGCACUGUUCUGGCCCUCAGCUUGACUGUGAUUCAUAGGGGCCCAUAGCCACUAUUGCCUGUGAACUCUUAGCAAGGUCCACCCUACGGUAGGUAGAGGGAACAGUUCUGGAAAGGUGGGCAGAAGAAAGCAACUUAUUCUGAAACUGUGGUUUGAAGGUCUGGAAUUUUCACAGAGCUCUUGGUAAUUUGAUGUCAAACCCAAAUAGGAAGCCAUUUUCUGGGACACCUUCACAAAGCUGUUAAAAAGACCCAGAGUCCUCUGGCAUAGGUUGUAAAGAUCAGCCAGACCCCAGAGAUACCAGUAAAUUCUGACAUUCAGUACUGUCACGUUUCACGGUUUCUUUCCUCUCUCUUUAAAAAUGUUGCUGAACAAAACAAAAUGAGGCUAUUUGUCAAACCGAGAUAAUUAUAAUCUUCAACAAGACAAUGAAACAGCUUGGUGUCAGACUUGGGAUCUGGUGACAGUUUGUAUCCUGACAGCCUGGUGCACAGUCAGUAGUGUUCUCCCUAAUUCUGGACUUCAUCCCCACAUGCAGUAGAAUGAGGUGAAUAAGGAGCCAGGUGCAGGGUCUAUUUGCAUAGUGCACUCACUCAGUCCAGCUGCACUAACUAGUGAGUUCUGAUCUCAGAAAAGCCAUCAAGCAGACGUCCGAGUCUCCAAAAGAGAUGAGUUAUUCACUUCACAAAAAUCUGCUUCGCUGUACGGAAGAAUGCUUGUCAGGCUUCCUUUCCAAGUGAGCUCUCAGACUGCCUGUGUGCAGACACUGUGGGACGUGUCACUUGGCCUAAACAAGGGUAUGUGCAUGCUAACUCUGGCUUCCCUACUGUGUCCUUUGUCACACUCUGGAGAGAAAGGGAGAAAGGUAAGUUCUGGUAUCUUUAGAGAGACAAUCUACCUGUUCUUAAAUACUGAAGCCUUGUGAGGAGAACACAAAACAUAUUUCAUUUAGGAGGGAAAAGAUGAAAAGGCCAGGUUGUUCUCACAGCUGAUGUCAUCAGCCCUGCCUUAUGGCUUUAUAGGAUUCACGAGGAAAGGGGGAAGGAGGACAAAGCCAGAAGGUGAACCGCAGAAAGCAUGGGUGUCCUCUCCCUCUUUGGCCGGAGGAGCUGCUCCUGCCCAGGCUCUGGUCUAACUGUGGCCUCACGGUGGCCCUGCCCCUCUCUUGCCUUAGUGGUGCUGGGGGGCAUCGGGGAGCCAGGCAGCAGCCACCACCGCAGGUCCUCCCAACUUCACAGAACUGGGGUGGCCCCAAGGGGCACUCGUGCCUGCACACAGAGCCUGCGGGAGUGGCCCAGUGCAGCCUGUAGGGCUGAGGGCCCCUCACUGCCCCUUGUGUUUCCCCACGGCUGCAGCUUUGAGUUUAGGGCCUCAGGACGUGACAUUCAGGCUCCUUCUAGACUGCAUAUGCUGUCCUUAGAUUCCAGAAUCUCACCUGACCUUAAAAUUUGUCCCUUGCUUGCUUUCAUUUUGCACAAGGUUUAUAUACACUUUCUUCAACAUUUGUAGCAGUAUAAGUGGAACUUGAAAACUUCAUUCCCUUCCAUUUCCUGACGUUUUCAAUCUUGAUAUGUAACCAUUUUCAUAAACAUCCAAACAGAGAUUAUCAUCCCCCUCUUAAAAAAACAA